AUGCAUGUCUCAAGCGUGCUUAUGGCCCUGGCUGGCCUCAGCUCCCUGGCGACUGCUGCACCUGCUACUGUCGACCGGAGGACAUCUAUUAAGCGCCAUGUCGUGGGUCGGCCUCUGAAAGCUACGAAAAACAACGGGGGCAACAGCAGCAAUGGUAACAGCGGGAACACUAUUGUCAUUGAGCAGACGAUCAUUGAGCCCACCGUGGUCAUCGUCCAAGAGAACCUGAACCUCGUCACCGAGCUGGCCCUGAUUGCCGAGCAAGAAUUCUCAGCCCUUGUACAGGCCCAGCUGGCUCUGGUCCAGGAGAUUGGGAUCAUAAAGAACAACAUUCGCGUCAACCACUUUUUCGCAAAGUUUUCAGAGGUGAACACUGUCAUCAUCGUCAUCACUGAAGUCGUCGACGUUCGUAGCAAAGGUGGCUCCAACACACGCUACAUGGUCAACCAGCAGCUUGCCAACCACAAGGGUUCUCAGAGCACCGUCGUUGUCAUGAUGACUGCCGCCAGUCCCAUGACCAUAGGCUUACCAACAGCGAGCCUCAAUCUUUCAGCACUACCGUCUGGGUUCUCUGCUUCUGUCGUAUCUGAUGCCGCAGCGAGAACCACGGCUGAUGCUGCGUCCGCCGCUGCCAACACGGCUGCCUUUUCCAACACGACAGUCGGUAGCAGCAAGAGCAAAGGCAAUUCGUCGUCUUCAGGACAGGUGACCUCUUUCGACCCCAGCAACCCAUUUGGCAAAUUCAACCAGAGCAUCAUCCUGCCCUAUGGCUCUAAGGCGCCGAGUCUGCCUAACGGCGCCCAGAUCGUCUCUGACCCAGCUGCUAUCAUCCUGCCGAAUCAGGGUAGCCUCCUAGUCGAGGAUGUCAACCGGUUCAGCCAGGACUGUGCCGUGCUUGAAAGCACCCAGACGCUUUUUACACUGCAGUCGGCCGAGCUGCAGGCCGAGCAGAUCGCUGCGCAGCUGCUUAGUGGACUGUCGCUGGGAAAAUCAUCCAGCCUCAACGCCGCAGCUGCAGCCCUGCUAGGUAUCGCGGACGCUAUCUCUGCACCCGAUGUAGCUUCCGUCACUUCUUCUAGCAGAGUUAUUGUGUCUGCAACCGCAGCAGCAAGUUCAACGACCACCUCCGUCUCUACGCCAGCCGUUGCCACAUCGACCGCACUGCCUACUGCCACAGCCUAG